AUGCCCAUCAAAGCGCGUUGCUAUUGCGAAGCGGUGCAGUUCGAGCUUGACGAGGAUGUUUCGGCGUUGAGCGGUAUUUUCUGCCACUGCCGGUGAGCUUUGAAAGCAUAGCAUUUCUAUCGCUCGAUUUAAGCAGGCCAUUCACUCGUUGCCUGUCCCACAGCACGUGCCAGAAGUUAUCCAACGACCGCAGCUACAACAUUACUUCGAGUGAGGACAAGCUCAAAGUGACGAAGGGUACCCCCAAGGUCUUUGACGAUCAGAAAGCCGAUUCGGGCAAGUCGAUUAAGCGUUCGUUCUGCGGCGACUGUGGCUCGGCCCUUUUCUCCAAGCCCUCGAGUCGACCUGGCGCCGUCUUCGUCAAAGUCGGUGUUCUUGACGAGGCAGCCAAGGUCAAGCCUGGUGCUGAGAUCUACGUCGACAGUCAGUUACCUUUGAUCGAUGCCCAAUCGGAUUUCAACACCAAGAUCAAGCGAUUCGAAGGCAUGAUGGCGAAGGAGGUCUGA